AUGGGUGCAGCAGCUAUAGCCGGUCUGGUGUUGGGGCUGCUCUUUGGCGCCGCAGCACUGCUGUCAGGCAUCCUCGCCUGUGCCACACGCACCGAAGCCGAAUCGCUCCCCCUUCACAACGCCAAACCGGAGGCCAAACCCGAAGCCAAGGCGAAAAACGAACAGCCAAAAGCGGACAAGCCCAAGGACGAUAAAGCCAAGGACGAUAAAGCCAAGGACGACAAGAAAGACAACCAGCCGAACCAGCCGAAGCAGGACAAGAAGGAUGCGAAGGACGCCAAGGACAAGGAUGGCAAGGCGGAGGAAUGGUCGGGCGCCAAGUUGUGGCAGGAGUACGUGGCCAAGGCGGGCCACGACGCAGGCAAGCCGCAGUACGUCGUGUUCGAUCCCAAGAGCGGCAAGAUCGAGCUCAAGCCUGCGCCUGCCAACGAUGCGCCGUUCCUCAAGGUGCACGCCGACGGCAAGGUCGAGCUCGUCCAGCCCAGUCAACCGGCAAAGGGCAAGGAGGCGCAGAAGGGCGCCGAAAAGGCGGAUGACAAGAAGCAGGAGGCCAAGAAGGACGACAAGAAGGACGACAAGAAGGACGACAAGAAGGACGACAAGAAGGACGAGAAGAGGAAGCAAGAUGACAAAAAGGCGGAGGAGAAGAAGCCAGACAACAAGAAGCAGGACGAAAAGAAGCAAGACGAGAAGAAGGCGGAAGAGAAAAAGCCAGACGACAAGAAAGCGGACGACAAGAACAAGGGCAAAGAGGCGGCCAAGCCUGGCGAUUCUUCGGGGGGUGGAGCGAACAAGGAGCAGCCGGGCUCUAGUGGUGCUGCGGCUGCCACCGAAUCGGGUAAACUGACGGUGCAGGGUAUGAUUGAGCUGAGCCAGAUCCUGCAAGCGCUCGGCAUCAUCCCCACCUCCUCAAAGCGCGAGUACUGCGCAUGUGCCGAUUGCACACGCAGCAACGGCACCGACCGACCUCGUCGUCACAAAUGCAGCCAUACGUACCACAGGUGUGAAGAUACGCAGUGGGAUUCGUCGAGCGAUCACUUUGGGUAUCGUCGACACUACGCCACGCACCGUUAA